AUGGCUGCCUCCAUCUGGCCCUGGUUGCGGCUCCCUUUCUAUGCGAGUUCGGCGCUCGUUGCCCUGGGCAGUGGUGCCCUCUAUUACUUCCAGAACGAGAUCAUAUACCCUCGCAAUCUCCCGCCUGGUGCACGAACAGAAGUCCCAAAGCCUGGUCAGUUUGGAAUAGAAGAAUUCGAGGAACUCUCAAUACCAACGCCUGAUGGAGAAACCUUGCAUGCGUUUCUGGUGAAGCCUCCAAACAAGCCCCAAGCAAGACCGAUCACCAUUAUCAGCUUCCACGGGAACGCAGGAAAUGUCGGGCACCGACUUCCCAUUGCCAAGGUCCUUGCUCACGAUCUGCAAUGCACGACUCUGAUGAUGGAAUAUCGUGGUUACGGCCUCUCCACCGGCAAUCCGAACGAACAAGGACUUGCAAUCGAUGCGCAGACUGCUCUGGAUUUCAUCCGGAAUCGUGCAGACCUGAAAAGCAACAAAAUCGUGGUUUAUGGCCAGAGUCUUGGCGGUGCCGUUGCCAUUGACCUGGUGAAGAAGAAUAAGGGCACGGGUGACAUUAAGGGCCUUAUGCUGGAGAACACCUUCCUCAGCAUCGCAAAGAUGAUCCCCAAAGCAGUACCGCCGGCCAAAUACCUCACACCACUGUGUCAUGAAUACUGGCGAAGUGAGAACCUGAUACCAGAGAUCACUGAUGUACCAAUUCUGUUCCUCAGUGGUCUUCGGGAUGAAAUUGUGCCGCCCUCUCACAUGAAGGAGCUUCUAAAGCUUUGUCGGUCACCUAAAGUCAUGUGGAAGGAGCUACCGCAUGGGGACCACAACAACACAGUUGCCGAGCCUGGAUAUUUCAUGCAUAUUGACGAGUUUCUGGAGCGCUAUGUUGCCAAAUCCUAG